CGUGACGCCCCGUCGCCCGUGUUACAUACGAACGCCACCUUGAGCCUAGGAUGCUCGGUGCUCUGCUAAUAGCUUACGUGUUGGGCGGUUUCACUCUGGUACCCCUCGUUCUCCUCGGGUUUUUGGCUAUCAUUGUGUACGCGUCUCCACCUGCGGAUGAUGCUGGCCCAACAAAGCCUCGCGGAGCGAAACUCGAAGAUUCCAAUGGUCCCGAGCCUUCUGGAUCAUCUCAGGGGGAAGAUGAGAAGGCGUUCCUGCAGGUGCCAUCUCGUCCACUUCAGGGUGGCUCACGGCCCGGCGGACUUUUGAGGAGACACCGGCCGAGGGGUCAUACGUCAACCAAAUGGUCCGCUCGUUCCUUGACGCACGUUCCAAGGACCCGAAACGCACCCGUCCCAAAGAUCUUUACUAUGCCGUUCUCAAAGGGACUGUUCUAUUCUUAUAUGAGGAUGAUCUCAUGUCGGAUUGUUGGGCUGCCAUCGAGCUAUCGAGCUAUGAAGUCACCAUUCACCCCCCUGGAGGGCUUGAUGGUGAGCUUUUUGCCAGGAGGAAUGCAAUAAUGCUGCGAGUCAAGCCGCAAGAUGCAGAUGCUCAUCCUACGUUCAUCCCAACCCUAACCAAAGAGACGACUAUCGACGAACUGUCCGUGGCUCCAACACCCGAGGAGGCAGAAACGGGAAACGGAGAAUCUAAAAAAGCUCCAGCGCACCCCAGCAUGGACAACGACAUCACCAUCAACGGUACCGCCACGCAUCAGAUGCUAUUUGACGAGUCCAGACCUUGGUUCCUUUUCGUAAAGUCAAAUACGCAAAUGGAGGAUUGGUACCUUGCACUUGUUCAGCGAUCAGUCCAUCCCUCUGCAACUUCCAUCUUCGAGCCACUUACGGAUGUGUACAACAUGUCGGACAUGGACACCCUCGUUUUAACUCUAGACAGUCAGCCAGAUCCGAUACCCAUGCGUUGGCUGAACGCACUUCUGGGGCGCAUGUUCUUCAGCGUGUACAAGACGGAGGCAGUCGAACAGUAUAUUAUUGGCCGCCUGAAGCGAAAGCUUUCCAAGGUCAAAUGGCCAAACUUUCUCUCGGACAUCAAGGUCAGGGAAGUGAACGUUGGAACGACUGCACCUACUUUCAGCAAACCUAUGCUGAAGCAACUCACAAAAGAAGGGGAUGCUAGUGUUGAGAUGGGUCUUCAUUACAAGGGGGAGGUGCGAAUCACUGUCGAGGCCACAGCAACAAUCAAUCUUGGGGCUCGAUUCAAACCAUAUACCGUCAAGCUGGUAUUGGCCGUAGUGUUAAAAGGGCUACAGGGAAAUCUUCUCGUAAAGAUUAAGAGCCCUCCUUCCAACCGCCUUUGGUACGCAUUCACGACCAUGCCCAAGUUAGAAGUUGAGGUUGAGCCUGUGGUCUCCGAUCGACAAAUUAAAUGGAGUAUGAUUCUGAAACCUAUCGAGUCGAUGUUGAAGGACGUUAUCACGGAAUCCAUUGUCCUCCCUAACAUGGACGACAUCCCUUUCUUCAACACCCAGCCAUAUCAGAUACGAGGAGGCAUCUUCGCAGACGCAGCCCGCAAACCCUUAUCAGAUGCCACUCGUAAACCCUUGUCACAGGUCGAUCCAUCGAAGCAACAGGCAAUAUCACCGGAGCCUGGUUUGAAACGUUCAAAAUCCUCGGAUCACCUUCCCCAAUUGUCUGAGAGUGCAUCGCAGAACAUCCCCACUGAUGCGGCUGGUCGCUCAGAACCAACAGUAUCACUUCCUGCUAUUGCUCUACAUGAACCUACCAAGGUUCCCUCUGAACCUCCUACUCCGCCCAAACGGAAUACAUGGUUCGGUUAUGUCAACCCGUCCCAAAAGUCCCUCAACAAGGAGGAUGAGUCGGUCAAUGCCGCCCUCAUUCUGGAGGCGCAAAACGAGCCUGAAGUUGAACCCAGGGGGCGCGCUCAACGGCAAAGCAUCACAUCUACGCGCGCCCCAUCUACAUCACCAUCACCUUCGCCGUCAUUUCCGCCCAGUCACUCUCCUCUUGUGGAGGAAUCCCCCAUCAUUCCUCCCGGGCAGCCGAAUGAAGGCACUUUAACUACUCAAUUACCUGGUACCCAGUCCCCUAUGCCACCUGUAUCACCCUCUGGUUCUCAAACGCUCCCCAAGCUCCGUUCUCCUUCGUUUCCCCACCAAGCAACUCGAUCGGCUGACUUCGCCCCCAGCCGUUUCUUCUCGCGACCCCAAAAUGAUGAGGCAAGAACCGUGACCUCCUCGAAAGCCAGCACUUUGUUGACUCAGUGGAAGGCGAAGGCGACGGACAAGGAGGCGCUCAGUGCAACGGCUCGAGAGACCAUAAAGAAAUGGGGUUGGGGAAAGAAGAAUGACACAAUAGCUGGAGGAGCGUCGUCGAAGAAGAAAGAAGAUAAACUAGUUGGUUCGCCACCAAAACAAACAUUCGAGGAAAUACGAGCUCAGGUUGAAGAACGCAGACAGGCAGAGCGACGGCGUGUCGAGGCCACUGCGCCGGGUGUUGGUGCCCCAACUCACCAGCCUGAUCUCCCCACUGGUUCAGAAGGCGCUCAGACUUCCAUAGUGAUUGAUGGUGGGUCUAGCCGUGGCGAGGCUACCUCCGCUCCUACCGAAUUUUUGCUAGAGCGGAGAAGCUCGAAUGCUAGUUCCUUCACAGGCGGGGUUUUUUCUAGUGGUGCAAACCCGAAUGUCCCUGUUUUGAAUGGGAAUGCUAGAACAGGCUCAUCACCUGGCCAAUUCAUUUCCCCUUCCCAGCCUAAAAUCACCACCAAAGUAGCCACUCCCAACUCGUCCCCUCAUCUUACACCUGUAGACUUACACUCAUCGCGACCAAAACCAAUCCCCUUGCACUCUGCACAGCCUAGUUCGGCGCCUAAGAUGUCAAUACCUGGCAUUCAUGCCUCACACCGUGGAGAAGUCCAGGCACUCGGAUCUACUCCGGCGAUGUCAUCGGAUUCUACAUCGGCGUCGUCAUCAACGUCCACGCUCCCACAAAAAUUGCAGUCGAUACAGAACAUGUAUAAGAUGUUCGGCAACAGGAAUAGCAAAUCUACUGCUAAUGAUAGCGUACCUAAUUGUGGCGAUGGUCCAACAACCACUACAGGCUUAGGCCCGGGAUUAGCUCUUGGACCCGGAGGCGCGACGCAUAUGGAGCCGAAGGAGUUCCUACCUGGGUCAAGUUUGACGGAGCCCGCCAAACAAGGUACUGAGGACUUAGCUUCCCAAAUUCCUGAUGCACCGGUUGGCACGCAAUCUAUCAAACCCACAAUUGCAGAUGGGAUUAUCAUAGGAUCUUCGCACCCUGUCACAAUUAACCGCGGAAGUCCCUUGGACAAGAAUGACAUCCGGAGAGAUCCUGUAGCUGACAUUCCAUCCGGGGACAGUCCUCCGCUUCCUCCACGGCCUCAAUCUCAAUCCGUUUUGUCUGCAACUCCAGCAUCAAGUGAAGUUCGGCUUUGCACUCAGUCUCCAUCCAAAUCCUUCCAUGAACCGCCAUCUCAAACUGAACUUUCUUGCUCGCCAGCCGAUGAUCAGGAUACCCUCGGGGUUCCACAGGAUAACGAACUAUACACUGAGGUAUCGUGGAAAGCCUCGAGCGCAGACGACAUAGCGGGCUCGGUACUCGCACAGGAGACAGAGGCGGGUUUGCCUGGAAAUGGUAGCGCUAAUCAACGGACUGAACUAAAACCAAAUCCUGGUUCCGUCGAAGGUGCCGUUGCAUUCGGUCGCAGCAACGCUCACCCCCCGGAAGUACGGCGUGAAACGUUGUGGGUUCCCCCUCCAUACGACUCAUAGGAUUAGAUGCCUGCUGUUGAAAUUGAUCUAGAGCUGUUCCUUUCCAUUCUUUCCAUUGGCACUCUUUCCCUAUCGAUUGAUAUAUACUCUGUCCAUUUUGUUGAACUCCCCUCCUCGGCGCACAAAAGAACGUAGCUUUGUUCAUUCAUUCUUCCGCCCGCUUACACUUGUAUCGCUCUUUCGCUGUCUCGAUAUCUCGGACCACAGUUCCUUUGUCACGCAUUUCACAUCUCAUCAAGUCUCCCACUUGUAUCUCGGUACAUGCCAGUAUUAUUACACGCGCACGCAUUUGGUUGAUUAUUCAUGUACAGCGCCGGAGGCGCUUUUUCUGUGAUUUUAGCAGGGACCUUACAACAUUGAUUUGAUAUUUUUG